AUGAGGACCGGCUUCUUUAAAGGGGACAUAACAAAUUACUAUGGAUGCCUAAUAGCAUCAGAAAGGCACGAAAUCAUAGUAUAUGAAGACAGGGGGGAAGAUCUGAAUUUUCUGAAAGCAGAAAUUAAGCCAUCGUCCCCAGUUGAGGGGCCGGUUCUCAGUGAGCCACCACUGAGUGAAUCCGAACGCCUACAACUGAAAAUAGCAGCACAGAGAUCACACACCACUUCCAUGACCAAUAACAGUGAGCGGACUUCCGAUACCCGCUUGGUGGCACUGCAGAAUUCCAUCCACAGAUUGGUCUCUCCAAUAAAGACGACGUUUAAUUCGUCUCGCCGCGCGCCUCGACCUUCAACAUCGACGGACCGACAGGCUAUGGCUCUAAGGGAGUUUCUGAGGGCUGACCAUCUAGGAAAACCGGUUAAGCCGAAAACUCACCGAACUAGGGCCGAUAAGGGACAAGUAACCCCGCCCAGGCUAAGACCGGCAUCGAACCCGCUAGACCAUGCUGUAAACGCAAUGGUUGAAUUCCUAGCCAUAGUAAAAGCCAAUCGAGAAGUCAACAUGGCCACAUGCGACCGACGUUGUGGCCAUCCGGCAGUGCCUUCUAAUGCGAGAGUUUCGUUGUCCGUCGACACGGAUAUAGUUCCGGGUACAUUAGCUACGUACGAGUGCGAUGAUGGUUACGAGCUAUUCGGGCCGCAUCAACGAGAGUGCACGCUGAGAGGCGACUGGACUGCAGAGCCACCAUUUUGUGGCACAAACGUCGCAUUCAGAAAACCGGCAAAUCAGUCAACUACAGUGAGAGGGGGUAGUGCCAGUAACGGAAACGAUGGUGAAAAGACCACGGAACACGAUGGCAAGCGCUGCACAGAAACGCAACGAGAGGCCUCGCCGUGGUGGCAGGUGGAUCUGCUUCGCCACUACGCCGUCAAAGUGGUCAGGGUCACAACAAGAGGCUGCUGUGGUCACCAGCCAUUACAAGACCUUGAAAUUCGUGUUGGAAACAGCAGCAGUGACUUGCAAAGAAAUCCUCUGUGUGCUUGGUUUCCAGGAACUAUGGAUGAAGGAGUGACGAAGACAUUCACUUGCGCUCGACCUCUCGUUGGCCAGCAUGUGUUCCUGCAACUUGUCGGAGUCGAAGGCUCCCUGUCGUUAUGCGAAGUCGAGGUCUUCACAACUGAAGAAUUCUCGAACGAUCGAUGUGCGCCCAUCGGUGCAUCUGCAGACAUAGAACUGGCUGCGUUUUCUAGAAACUGUUACGAGUUCAACGUGGCAAAAGGUGCCUCUUUUGAAGAUGCCAGGAAGCAAUGCCAAGCACACGGUGGUGACCUUAUACACGGAUUUCAGGGAGCAACAUCUAGUUAUCUUACACAAGAAUUAGAAAGACGCAAGUCUCAACUAAAAACGCAGCUCGUAUGGAUCGGAGCUCAAAAAGAACCCGGACUCACUUCAAGAACUUGGAAGUGGGUGGAUGGCGAGAUGGUAUCAAAACCAACGUGGGGGAAGGAUCAACCGAAUAAUUAUAAUGGAGAACAGAACUGCGUGGUUCUGGAUGGUGGACGAGCCUGGCUGUGGAACGACGUGGGCUGUAACCUCGACUACCUGCAUUGGAUCUGCCAGUACCUACCGCAUUCCUGUGGGAGCCCUGAUAAACUCUUAAACACGACGAUUGAGGGAAAUAAUUACCAAGUUGGAUCUUCGAUAGCCUACAAGUGCCCGGACGGGCAUAUGCUUGUCGGUGACAAGACUAGAAAGUGUAUGAAAGAUGGCUUCUGGUCCGGUGCUUCUCCUAGCUGUAAAUAUGUCAACUGUGGUGGCCUUACAUCUAUACAAGAUGGUGACGUCAUCUUAGUAGACGGGCGAACAACGCACGGUGCCCGGGCAGUUUAUUCAUGUAAAGAAAAUUAUACUCUUGUGGGAAGUGAAGAGAGACGCUGUGGAGACGAGGGUAUUUGGGAUGGCAAUGCUCCGAAAUGCCUUUUUGACUGGUGUCCAGAACCUCCACCAGUAUCUGGAGCUACUGUGACAGUUAGUGGACAUAAAGCCGGCUCAUUAGCAACAUAUAACUGCCAAAAUGGUUUUAUUCUCUUUGGACAACCGAGCGUAACAUGUAAUCUUGGUGGAAUUUGGUCGGGCACACCACCUUCCUGUAAAUAUGUAGACUGUGGAACGCCAGCUCAGGUUCACAAAGGCUCAUUUGUCUUGCUCAAUGGUACUACAACAUACGGAUCCAUAGCUCAGUUCAACUGCGAACCUGAUUACUGGUUAGCCGGAGCUGAGGUCCUUACAUGCAACCGAGAUGGAAAAUGGUCUCACGAUAUACCUUCUUGUGAAUUAAUAUCCUGUCCGGAUCCAGAAGUACCUGCAGGUGGUUACAUGGAGGCGUACGACUAUAAUGUGCAUUCAACGAUCGAUUUUCAUUGUGAAAAGGGACACAAACUCAUUGGGGAGCAGCAUUUAACAUGCCAAUCAGAUGGCGAAUGGUCCGGCGAAUCACCAAAAUGUGAUUACGUUGACUGUGGCAAACUACCACCUCUUCCGUACGGCAUGUCGGAGCUACUGAACGGCACAACGCACUUGGGCAGCGUCAUACAAUACUCUUGUACCACCAACUACAGGCUUGUAGGUGCCGUGAGAAGAGUUUGCACGGAGACUUACCAGUGGAGCGAUUCCUCCCCAAGAUGUGAAGAAAUCAGAUGCCCCGAGCCAAUAGUAGCGGAUAACAGUAUAGUUUCUGUGACUGGUAACGACCGCAUGCAUGGGCGAACUCUCAUCCGUACAUCGGGGAACACCAACAAUGGCAAUACAUACCGUAUUGGAGCGCUAGUGAAGUAUCGCUGCGAGCGCGGGUACAAGGUGGUGGGCGAGAGUCUCUCCACCUGUGAGGACACGGGGCAGUGGAGCGGAGUAACACCUAGAUGUCAAUAUGUCGAUUGUGGUAACCCUGGGCGUAUCCAGAACGGCAAAGUUACUCUUGCAACAAACGCUACAUACUACGGUGCCGCUGCGCUCUACGAAUGUGACGAACACUGGCAGCUCGACGGAGUAUCUAGAAGACUGUGCCAGGACAACGGCACUUGGAGUUCGGAAGCACCAGUUUGCAAAGAAAUUACGUGCUCGGACCCGACAAUUCAGAUCAAAGGAAGUGUCGGUUUAUUAGUCGUCACGUCAACUUUCAGUAUCGGUGGAGAAGCCCAUUAUCGCUGCGAAAGAGGUUAUAGCAUUAAAGGAAAUCAAACCAGAACUUGUCUGCCCAAAGGCCAGUGGAGCGGAACACCACCAGUUUGCAUACCCAUUGACUGUAAGUCUCCGGGAACGAUUGAGAACGGACGUAUAAUCAUAUCGAACACAUCAACUCUAUUUGGAAGUUCAAUUGAAUAUCAUUGUCUGCCGCAAUACCAGCGUGUUGGAUCAUUCCUACGCAAAUGUUUGGAUGAUGGGAAAUGGUCCGGCGAAGAGCCUAGAUGCGAAUUAACAACUAACGAAGCAGCUGAAAGCGGUGCAUUGCCAUUAAGCGUCGGCGUCGGUUGCGGUGUUGUGCUAUUUUUAUUGAUGUUGCUAGGAGUUAUCUAUCUAAGACUCCGUAAAGCAACACCAGUCAAGAACACAGAAAACAUCGAAGGCGCCGAAAGAAAAGAAGAUCAAAACGCCGCUGUGAUGAGCUACGCCACUCUCCAUGACACAAAUGGCAGACAUAUCUACGAUCACGUGUCUGACAAUGUUUACGACUCUCCUUAUAGUGAGAGUCUUGCAGAAAAUAUGGCAUAUGGAAGGCGAAGUGACACAGACUCCGCGUAUGAACCAGAACCCACUGGUCCCAGUGCGGUAGUUACUAUCAACGGCGUCGCAGUACGUUGA